CGUUCUUGUGUUUACAGUUAUAAGAAACAUGUGUAAUCAGUUAUGAAGACAGUGCAUGGCUUAGAUUUCACCUCUACCCUUAGAUCGAACUCGCAAACAUGUCAAAAGGUGUUUUAACUUCGUGACACGAUAUGCUGUCUAUCUGGCGCGUACAAAGCAAUCAAAAACGAUGCGAAUCACCGUCUUGAGCUAAAUGAAGUACACAUGUGGCCGUGGAAAGCAAACCCGCUUAUUGUCUCAAAUAUUAUGCAGACUUAAAGCACUCUUAAAAUCGAUUUGGUGUUCUAAAUCUCUUAACCUUGCUGUUAAACCUCUUCAAAACCACAGAAAUCCUUCCGUGGAGACAUUGCGAAUCGGCGAUUAGCAACGAGCAAGUGACCAGAACUUCUUAAAGCCUGCGGGAAGGUUGCCCAGCGCAGAGCGAAAGGACCGAGAUUUCGCCUCGGAAAACACGAAUACAGCGAUGUGGUGCCAAAGGCUGGUGCUUACUCUUUGGUUGAUGAUCGCAUGCUUCGUCGGUGGAUUGCAGGAUUUCGGAUUUGUAAGCAGUCUACAGCCGCACGGGAGACCCUUCAAACUCAAUAGCUUGAAAGACAGUUUACCAAAUAUUCAGCCACGAGCGCGACGGGAGUCAAGUCGUCGACGGGUGAGGAGAAAGCACACAUACAAUUUGAAACGGACGCCUAUUCGAGAUGCGAAGAACAGAAAUGCUUUAUGCUUAGGUAAGACCGUUAAAUGAGUUAUUUCAUUGUGGUGGAUUUAGGCUUCUUAGAACUGAAUUACGCAGCUGAUUUCAGUAUGUGCGCUUUUACUGAUCUUUCACCUCGGGCUCGGAUUUCAACUUGUGCAGCGACGAUCUCUUUGAUAAUAAUUUUAAUCCAAUGGUUUUAAGCGUUUUUCGUCGAUACUUUGCAGUUUGACUCGUUGUUAUACAACCGAAAGAGCGUUUGUAACCAAGGAUGCCCUUAGGGGCCACUCUGUGUUAUUUUGCGGCGGAGCAAUAAUGGGUAAAGUAAACUGUUUUCAUCUUGAAAGAAAAGUGCUUCGGCAAGGCCGUAUCCGCGGUUUUGACAUUUGCGUUAAUUCGAAAAAUAUAUCAGAUGUAUUGCGCUCUUGGUGUGAGAACAAGCGCGUAAUCUUUGGUAUUUCUAGUUUGUAGGUUUAACGCUUCACUGCCGUCUAAAGUGUCAUCCGCUUGGAUUUACAGCUGAUCUAUUUGUUAUUUUCCUACUUAUGUAUGCAUGCGCGGUGAAACUUUGAAGAUAAAAAACAUCCGCAUGUUUUGCCGAUGUUUUGACUCGUUGUCGCUGGAUGUUUUUUUGCCUUCCUGAAUUGGACGAAACAGUCAAGGCCCAAAUUGCCGUCAAAGUAUAACCAACAGUUAACCUUUCUGACAGACUUCAGGAACUCCCUCACUUGCGCUUCUGUUUAUGUCUGUCUCGUCUGCCGCGAAAGUUGCAAAUUGUCGGAAUUCGUUCUUUGAUGGUUUUUAAGUACUUUUAAGUUGUGUUGUCAAUUUGCGGCUGUUAGGAUAAUGGAUUUUUUACGAAAUCACCGGGUAAACAAACUUUUAAAUACAUACAAGUCCUACAUACUAUUCAAUUCAAAACAUUAGCGUGAAGAUCAAUGCACUGGUGGAAAUUAACAUUUUUUCGGCGUUUUUUUGUCUAUAGCCAAUGGCAUAAAAAGUUUAUUGUGGUCAAUCAAUCGUAUUAAAAAACAGCUUGAAAAGUCAUGUAUAUAUCCUUAGCUGUUAUCAGAUGUGGCUCAUAUAUUCAAAUCUGGAAAUCCAAUCAAUUUCCCAUAUUGACUCCAGACGCUCUGACUGCUGACCAAGAAUUCACAAAUUGCUGAUUCGCUCAACAUGCUAUGCAUUUUCUAUAUUAACCUUUUUGAACCAAACUUUGUUCAGAGUUUGAAGGGAUUUUUCUGAUUUUCUUAACCAGGCAAUCACUUUAAAUGAUAUUCAUCAGAUGAAUAUUUAGUGGUUUUUUAGCUAAGUUUUAUUACUACAAAUUAUUGCUUUGUUUGAAUUAUCUUUUUUUUUAAUCUCUCUUUUUUUUCUCAUUGCCAUCUGUUGGCUAGGUGAUAAGGUAAUCUUUUAAUCAAAAUUUAAUUUUUUGUGCUUAAGACUCACAGCUAUUAUCAUAAGGCACUAGUUUUAUUCACAGGCAAUGUGUUGUGAUUUUUCUCAUUUUUACAGUGUAUGCCUCAAUUAUUUCCUCCAAUGUUUCAAUGAAACAAUUUGUGAAUUGACAUAAUAAAAGCGUGAUUGUGUGUAAUAUGUUGCACAUGGGAAGGAAGGCUAGGAAGUUGUACAAAAAGCAAAACGUGAUUUUCAAAUGAGAUUCUGUAAUAUAUCAGUUUGUUACUGGUUGUGCUUUACAGCUUUUGUUAUAGAAGACUGCAACAUUAUCUCAACCAUUGAAAUAUUAAACUGAAAAAAAUGUCAACUCAGUUAUUUUUGCUUUCUCUAUAGCUCAUGAACAUUUGGUUACUCUGAGCAGUUACUAGAUCCUCAUGAUAUCAAUCUUAGAUUGACUGUUGUGAUUAUGGUGGUUUUGGUUACAUGUAGAAGGAGAUUUAAAACUUAUUUCAACUUAUGCUUACAUUGGCCUUGAUAACAGCCAAGCCUGUCUUGAAAACAGUUGCCCUUUUGUCUGUGUUCACCAUGAGAAGGUAUCCAUGAAAAAGUUAAAUGCAGGGUUUUUAUGUGGCUUAACAGUGACUUUAAGUCUCAUUACAUAGUGUCCACCCAAAGUAAUGGACCAUGCUUAUGCCAAGAUGCGAAUUGUCUGGUAACUUAAGUUAUUUAUUUAGAAAACCUUUUGUUAACUGAUUGUUAUUCAUUUUAGAUGGUUCUGAAGCAGUCUUUUACCUGAGUCGUAAUUCAGAUUCAAAGCACUGGGUUGUACAGUUGCAAGAAGGAGGCUCUUGUGGGACAUAUGAAUCGUGUUUGCAUAGAUCCAGAGGCCCUCUGGGCUCAUCAAGAAACUACAGUGAUUAUUUGACGGGGACUUUUGUUGCUUCUGAUGACCCACAGGAAAAUCCUAUGUUUUCAUCGUGGAAUAAAGUAUUUGUGCCAUAUUGCAGGUAAUACCCACCUCUUUUUCAAUUUAGUACAAUACACAUAAAAUAAAAAGCAAAGAGGAAAAAGGUCAACUAUAUGGUGUUGCAAGCUGUGACAAUUUUAAAAAUUUUAAAUUGCCUCUUUAUUAUGGUGAAGUUUUUUGGUAACUGGACCAAGUUUUGGACUGUUUGCACAAUUCUUGGUGGUCAUUUCGCACAAUAAUUAUAAGUGAGAAACAUCAAUAUAAAAGGUAUACUGAUUGAUACCGAUAAGACAUUUCACCUUCACAAGAUCCAACGGCAACAACAUAGACAUUUAUUUACAUAAUAACUUCAACUAGAUUGAAAUGCUUGUGAACACAAUCACUAUUCUUACUUGAAGAAUGGAAAGGUACAAAUCUCUCUCUCUAUGAAAAUGUAAAGAACUCCCUAUUCGAACAACUACUUCAAUAACUUUUCCUUUGUAAAAUGAAAAACCUUUCAGUUUUGAGUUUUUCAGUUUUUUCAGUACAUCAUCCACUACAAACUUGAAUGUGUCAGUGUAGUUAGAAACUAGUGAUCUUGUAGAAAGACAAGUUCGAUCUGUAAUCUUUUUAAAGAUUGUAAAGUUUAAUACAUCUAUCAAGUAGUAACCUUUCAAAUUAUUCUGAUAACAAUUACCUAAGUGAUGGAGAGUUCAGUAUCGAUUGAUAAGCAUCAUAGCAACAGUGAUAUAAACAAAUGAUUUCACGAAAGUUUCAAGAAUUCAAAAUAAUUAAAAAAUUAUACGCUAGCCAUUCGAUAAGUAAUCACAUAAGCUUAAGAUCAAAACAAAUAAAGAAAUCUAGAUUAGUAUACCUUUUAUAUUGAUGUUUCUCACUUAUAAUUAUUAUGCAAAAUGACCACUAAUAAUUGUGCAAACGGUCCAAAACUUGUGUUAAAAGACUUGUGCAAAAAGUUUUUUGUGCGAAAUAUCCUGUAUUCAGUUUUUCACGCAUCUAACUUGUUUUUGUCAACCAAAUUUACUUCUGACCAAAGUUAGCUCAUGUGUUAGGUUGGUUGUCACUAUAUAUUUGUAUGUGGCUGGAGUAUUGUGAUGGUAAAUAGCAAUUAUCAUAACCAAUCAUCUUACCCUUGAGUAUACAAGGCUUCUGCACAGCAAUGCUUUUACAUUGAUUUUAACCUUUCUGAAAUUUUAAUAUAUAUGCAGGGGUGUAGUGUCAUUUUUAAAGAAGGGUGUACCUGAAAGGUAGUAUUGUUUGUGACAGUGGCUGGCAUUUUGACAUCCUGAGUGGAAGUGAUCAUCCAUGUAAGGUGAUAACAUGAUCUGGGUUACAAAGUUGUCUGUCAGUUAUACAUACAGUAGUCACUUUCUUGACUAAACUUGCUUAAAUGUAGAUGAUCCCACUAUCCAUUAAAUGAACUUGUGGUGUUAGAAAAGCCUUCAUUUUAAUCUUGGUGUGUUGAAGAAUGUUUUUUCUCUUUUGUUUCUAGUGGUGAUGUAUUUGUUGGUAGAAGAGGAAAAGACCAGAAUGAUUAUGACAUGGAUAUGUGUGGACAUUUCAUAGUUAAAGCCAUAUUUUUUCAGCUAAUUGAAGAUUACCGGAUUAACAAACCAGGAACAGAGGUAUGGUUUGUUUUAAGUUCAUGGUACUACACAUCUGAGUUUAAUACAUUACGAUUGAGGAUUAAAGUGAGAAUAGUGAUUGCUCUAACUUCCUUCAUGGCAUGGCAUGAUUAUAGUUGUACACACUUUAAAAACCUUUUCAACAGGUUAAAUCUCACUGUCUGUUGGGAUUGUUUAACAAUAGCUUUGUUUUUCCAGUGUGACAGAACAAGACACCAAAAUAAAUUAUGCAGUAACUAACAUAACUUACAACCUAAUACUGUAUUCACAAUUGUUGCCAAGUGCUUGACCUUUUGACCUCCAAGAGUGACCAGCAUCUAAUUUCUCCUGACAAUAUCAACCCCAAAUCACAUAAUAAACAAAAUAAUGACCAACUAAAGGAGCUCUUGAUUAUGAAACAAAUUCUCUUAUCGGCAUAUCAAUGUUACAGUGUUAAAGGUUGAAGGGUUGAUGCUGACAUAUUAAGAUUAACAUACAGCACAUACCACUUUGCUUACCACUGAUAUACAAAGUGAUGGUUUUUCACAGAUUUUGUUUGGUGGUGCUUCUUCUGGUGGGCUUGGAAUGUUUGCAAAUAUUGACUACAUUGAGGGGCUUGUAAAACCUGCUGAGGUAUGGAAGGAAAAUCUUUGAUAAGUUCAUUGCUUUAGUUGUACUUCUGGCUUGUCUGUCUGCCUUCAAAGUGUUAAUUGGGCACAGACCUUACUGCAAAGUGGUGAAAAUUUUCAUAUACUUUUAUCAUAACUGGCAUUCUAUUCCUCAAGCGCAUCCUCUGGAUGCAAAAAUAUAUUUAGCUUGGAAUGAGGUUAAGAGAACCAAAAUGAACCAUGAGAAUAAAGAACAACUUAUUUUCCUCCAUUUUGAAGUAAGGUGUGUUGGAGAUUGGGGAAUUGUCAGACUGAAAUUGGAUUGCCUAAUCCAAUAUUUAAUUUUGUAUUUAUGAUUUUUAAGACAUGAACUUUAUUCUUUACCCUAUUCCCCUGUGUUGUUGUUUGUCAGUUAUAAUCUAACUUUUUAAUAAAAUUACAUGAUUCCAAAUAUUGGUUGCAAAAUAGGGUCCUAUUGAAAACCACCUUAAUGAGUUAGGUUCCAUCAUUAAAUAUUAUUAAUUAAUUAUUAUUUUAAAUUAAAUGGUCUUAAGCCAUCUUGGACCCAGAAGUGAAUGAGGCCAGGUGAGACCAUGGAUUUGUCUUUUGGCAACAAAAGGUUACCCAGUGUCCUGAAACAAGGUUUUGUCAACUUUUAUUGUUUCAUUUCCUUUUCAGAUUAGAGGGUAUAAUGAUGGUGGCUGGUUUACUCUGUAUCCUAACUUUGGUGAAACAGCAAAUGCAGGGCCACCAUUUUUCUUUCAAGUCUUAAGCUAUGUAUGUACAGUGUAUAUAGUAUUAUACUUUAACUGAAUUUUCUUCAAAAUGUUUGACCAAUUGAAACUUCAGAAGUGACUGAUGCUGCACCAAUACAAAAUCCAGUAAGAUAUCAAAGAAAUAAAGCUAGAAUUUUAUAUAACACCAAAUUCUAAAAAAUUGCUAACAAGAAAAUGUAUAUUAGCUAGAGGGGAGAAUUCCUCCUCAGAUCUUUGAGUUGAGGUUAGAAUGUGAAUCAUAAAUGUUACAUGGAAGAAGUUUGUUCCUUUCUUUGUCAGGUACCGUUGGUUUCUAUCUCUCAUUCGUUGCACCCCAGUGUUAAUAUAAAUUCAGUGUGACAUUAUUUGCGUUUUUCUGUAGAUGUUUCACAAUUUGUGGGAUGGCUUUGUCGACGAGACUUGUAGAGCUAAUAUGCCCAAGGCAGAAGCUUGUCUCUAUGGAGAAUUAGGUAAGAAAGCUUCUUGUUUUGAAACAAUUGAGUCGAAGCUGUAUCAGACAAGGUUGUUACAUCAUGCACAGAAAAUAUCUUUUUUACCUUUUUGUUAAAUAAGAAAACAAAUAAACGAAUACUCUCAGCGACUUAGUGGAAUCUAAAUCUUGUCAUUCGGGUGGCCCCUCUAUGUGAGAGCUUACCUGUGAAUUUCCUUUUGAUUUCUUCCCGCUUGGCAGAUUUUUCUUUCCACAAAGAGCGAAAGUAAAACGGGCAAAGAACAAACAUGUCCACUCAUGUGAUCCGGUUCGAAUCGUGCGCGGGAAAAGCAACGCGCUCGCCACGAAAAUCGAGAGAGCCUAAGUGCGAACGUCAAAAACUCACGUGAGUGGACAUGUAAGAUGUCGGAGAUGAUGGGAUAAGCAAAAAUGAAUAAUUUCUUUGGUUUUUUUCAUUUACUUCAUUUUAGUUUUCAAGCAUUUAUCAGCCCCUGUGUACGUGUUUGUGGCUCAGUGGGACUCCUACCAAUUGCAAGAACUUGUUCAUUCCAAGUUUCCUACUAUGAGACUUCCACCGGAGCUACCAAGCGAAGCAGAGUACCUUGGAAAGUUCGGGAAAAACACGCACAGAUCUCUUAGACGGGUGGGCAGUUUUCAUUGGCAGCAAUGCUUUUGCAAUGACGCAACAGUUUGUAUAAUAGUUUUUAAGUUUCAUUGUUUACUAACCAGUGAUGUUCGCUUGAAAUUAUCCAGCAGGAUUUGACAACCACUUGUGUGACAUGUCUUGGUGCAAUUUAAAACAAAGGGUGAUCACCGUGAGACUUGCAGUUUUACUUUGAAUUUAUUCUCUCUCCUAUUAUAGGUUAUCAACAGCCAGAAGGAUGGCGUUUUUUCCCCAGCUUGUUUUAUGCAUUCGUUUUCUGGCGAUAAUUUAACUAGUACAAAGCAGACAUUGGCUUGUGAAAUAGAUGGUAAGUUUCAGUGAAAUAAAUAAUAACUUUCUGCUCUCUAAACGUAAUCUAUUUCACGGUAGUGAAAGUCUGCACCCGAGCCAAGUGGCCCAUCCAGCUUAUCCUGGUUUCCUUAGCGUGUCAAUUCCCCCACCCCUACGGGAUACUAGUCCAUGGCAAGUAAACUCUCCCUCCCCUGGCAUUUCUUUAGGCUUCCUUGACAAUUCGCUGGUACCCAUUUAUACUCCUGGGUAGAGAGAGCCACCGUGAGAGGGAAGUGUAAGCUCGACCAUAACCAGGUGCAUUAGUGACGUGUGUCCCCUAGAAUGCUAGGGUCAUGAAUGAACUAAAUGUUGAAAGCGUCAGUACGCGUACGUACAUAUAUCUCUCCAUUUCAUUAUCGAGCUCAAAGUGGGCUGGGCCAAUUGAAUUCUGCUUUUAUAAUAUUCGUUUCUUAAAAAAAACCAAAAAAAAAAAAAAAAAAAAAGGAAACACCAGCAAACCUUGCGGAAAAAAAAAAAAAAAAAAAAAAGCCAAACGAACAAAAUAUGGGGUCUAGCACAUGUACAAUGAUAACGUCACUGGACAGGCUUGUUUGGCCGAUUUGGCUUCUCUUUUCGGCAGUCCUCCCUUUUCGGCGAAGUCCAAAAGUCGGGGGGGGGGGGGGAAUUGUAGUCAGUGCGCCGCAUGGAACUCUGGGAAUGAGACCGCUUAAAUGUCACUUAGAAGAAACAGAACCUCGAAGGAAUCAUUACUCUUCAUUGAGUCUUUUGUCAUUUAUCACAUUUUUUUAAAGGGAAGACACCAUAUAAAGCCUUUUCUGAAUGGUUUAUAAGCAAUGGUACCCGAGGGACAUAUGUAGAGGAACCGUUGGACAUACCAGAAUGUAACCCGUCUUGCUGCUCAAAGCUCUGUAUAAAGUGUCGUAAACCGAGACCGUCUGUCGCAUACGAUGAACCCACUCCCCAAACAAUCAGUGGAAAUGGUGAGCGAUUCUCUCGUUUGGCUUUGUAAUAUUUUCCAGUGUUUAUUUUCCAGCCGCGCAUCCCAGCUCAAUUCUUUCAAUUUGAAGUAAAUUCUGUAAGCCUCAAAAUUCCGUAGCAUUUAGUCCCUUUAUUUAAAUAUGUCAAUGAGGUUUCAUUCCAAGUUCCUAUAUAAGCCUGGAAAUAGUAUGCUUGCAAUGAAUGUUCUUUAUUUUGUUUUCAGGUGCGUCUCGGUUGCAGCAAUCAGUUGUUACAAUAUGGAUUUGUGCAGUUUUGAUUUAUUCUUUCGUCUUUUGGAGGGACGUAGUGCUUUUGUAGGACCCAUGGAAAUUACAAAUAACUUUGGAUGCUACCACAGCGCUAUGACAGGUGAUGGUGGGCUGGGCGUUCCAGUGACAAGGUGAACGCUCACGGCAUAGUUGUCAUGAGAACUAUUGCUACACUUCUUGGGAUAAAACUGAUGUCCAAUUUUAGUCUGUUUUCACUGUGAAAGUGAGAGAAUUGCAGACAGUGGUUAUCCUGGAAAACACAACUGCCCGCAUAAAAUUUACCAGUGAAAUCUUGACGUGAACGCUCUUUAACACGAUGCAAUCAAUUUGCAAAAUUUUCCUGACUUAAAAAUCGUCAAGUAAUUGCUGCAUUUGCUGCAGAAAUCUCUUUUACGAACCGAAAUUUAAUAUUUCUGCUUAUAAAAGUAAUUCAAACUGUAAUGUUCUC